ACCAGUUGCCAACAUGUUAUCUCUAAGGAACAUGAAGUUAUAAACACAACCAUACUGAAAUAGAAGAUUCUUGGCUAUGUAGAUAAGAAAGAAGUGUUUCAGUAAAAGCAAUGUUUUUGUACUAUUCUAUAGUAGAAAUGAGGACAUAUACACAAAACAAUGUAAUGCUGUUUUCUUAGGGUGCAUCCUUUGUUUUUCCUGUUUUGGUCUUUUUAUCAUAGGAUGGCAUUAGCUCUGUGUCUGCAGGUGCUGUGCAGCCUGUGUGGCUGGCUUUCGCUCUAUAUUUCUUUCUGCCGCCUGAAUAAGCACCGAAGCUAUGAGUGGAGCUGUCGGCUGGUUACCUUCACCCAUGGAGUCCUCUCUAUAGGCCUCUCAGCUUAUAUUGGCUUCAUUGAUGGUCCUUGGCCUUUUACCCACCCAGGCUCACCCAAUACGCCUCUCCAGGUGCACGUUCUGUGUCUCACCUUGGGCUAUUUCAUCUUCGACUUGGGCUGGUGCAUCUACUUCCAGUCUGAAGGUGCCCUGAUGCUGGCUCACCACAUAUUGAGUAUCUUGGGCAUCAUCAUGGCCCUGGUGCUUGGGGAGUCAGGCACAGAGGUCAAUGCCGUCCUCUUUGGAAGUGAGGUCACCAACCCCUUGCUACAGAUGCGCUGGUUUCUCCGUGAAACAGGGCACUACCACAGUUUCACUGGAGAUGUGGUGGACUUCCUCUUUGUGGCUCUGUUCACUGGAGUGAGGAUUGGUGUAGGAGCUCGCCUCCUUUUCUGUGAAAUGGUCUCACCCACUCCUAAGUGGUUUGUGAAGGUUGGGGGAAUAGCCAUGUAUGCUGUGUCUUGGUGUUUCAUGUUUAGUAUCUGGCGCUUUGCAUGGAAGAAAAGCAUCAAGAAAUACCAUGCCUGGAGAAGCAGGAGGGGUGAGGAACGGCAGCUAAAAUGUAAUGGACAUCUCAAGACGCACUAGCCAAGGCUCAUUCCAGAUAAUGGACUGGGUUAAGUCAGCCACGGGAACUAGGUUGGAAAUAUGGUUGUGGAAUCACUCUGAUAACAAACUUAGGUUUCAGAAAAGGGCUAAAUUUAUUGAUCAAUUUGGUCAGUCAUCAAGCCAAGCAUAUACCAGUAUUAAAACACUAACUUCUACAGUGGCACAGUUGUAGAAGGAGAAUCCUUAGUGGUAGUUGGGAAUAAGUCAGAACCAUGAGGUGAGUAUUUCUAGUAUUCGUUUUAGUUUGUGGCGACCCUGGGUCCUCUUGUCCAAGGGAGGUUUGACCUUCAGACAGCUUAGAAAGGAGCUCGAAAAAGAUUAAUGCUAUUUCUUGUUCCUUUGAGAAGUAACUCUUUCAACAAACACUUAUUCCUGCUUUGCAUGUAGCAAUUUAUGUAACUUCACCCCAUUUACUAUAAAGUGAAGGACCUUCAGGAAGAGACAUGCCUUUGGCAUUCUGAGCAUUGGGUGAGAGAACUGGAUCUGCUUAAACAAAGGGGGAUAGAAGGAUGAGAGUGAAAUUGUGGAAGCAGUGGGGGUGGGGGUUACUUAGUGAACUUCCCUCUACCAACUGUGUUAGAGGUCUUCAAGACCAUCCCCAGGUUCUGUGGUUCACUAGGAGGACUCAGCAUGUAGUCUUAUUCAUAGCUUUGAUUUAUUAUAGUGAAAACAUACAAAGAAAAAUCAGCAAAGGGAAAAGGCACCUGGGGCAAAAUCCAGGGGAAACCAGGCACAAGCUUCCAGAGUCCUCUCCCAGUGGGAUCACACAGGAUGUGCUUAAUUUCUGCAGCAACAAUUUGUGACAAAAUGUGUGAAAUGUUGUCUACCUGGAAAGGUCAUUACAGACUCAGUGCCCAAGGUUUUCACUGGGGACUGUUCCUGUAGGCAGCCUCUGCCUGGCACAUAGCAAAAUUAGAGACUCCCAAAAGGAAAAUAUAUGUUCAGCAUAAACUGUAUUGUUUGUACAAAUGGUUUAGGUAUAGUAAAGCAGUCUUACCAGUUAAUUGUGGGAACCCUUCCGAAAUCUAAGUUCCCAGGUGCCAGCCAUGGUCCAACCUUGUAAGCAGGCCUUUCCAAGGAUAGCAGUUCAGGCCUGCUAUGUUAACUUUUUUUUCGCACAAAAAUCAUAGACCUAGGGCUUUGGAUGGAAGAUGAAUGAGAUGUGGGUAGAUUUACCAAGUCUUGUUGUACGGGUUCUGCCGUACCAGGAAAACUAUGCCAGUUCUCAGGGCUUUUGUGCAUUAAUCUCCUAGGCAUGAGAGACUAUGACUAAAUUCCAUAGGGAUUUACCAU